CAAAAGUCGGCGAGUCCGGCAAUGGAGGGGUCGAGCAGGGAUCAUCACGCCAAGGCAGACGUCCAAAGGAGUCAACCUUCAUCAACCCCUCCACAUAUCAACAGCACAGCUAACACCCCUCAACAACAACGACAAAUUUUCCCAAAAGAAACUGGAUGCCCAAGAUGUCAAUGCACUCAAUAGCCAACCUCCCCCGCCUCUCCUCGACCGACCUCUCCAAAAUUCUCCUCUCCCAAGCCUCCUCCAAUGUCGACUCCUCUACCCCUCCAUCGAACAUCGCUAUCAUUGAUGUUCGAGAUGACGACCAUAUCGGCGGCCACAUUAAACACUCCAUCCACGCGCCCUCCACAACCCUCGACACCAAAAUCCCCGAACUAGUACGCAAGCUCAAAGAUAAAGACACCGUCGUCUUCCACUGCGCGCUAUCGCAGCAGCGUGGUCCGUCCGCAGCCUUGCGCUACAUCCGUGAACGAGAUAGACUUCUUGGUCUGAGUGCGAAUCUACAGAGCGGGAGUGGGGUUGGACAGGUGUUGAAGAAGAAUAGGGAGGAGCAGGCGACGGGGCAGGGAGAGGGGGAGGGGGAGAGAGAAGGGGGAAAGGAUGAAGCGUGGGAAGAUGUUGAGGAGGAUGGUGAGAAGAAAGAGCAGAAAGUUUACGUGCUGGAUAGGGGAUUCGUAGGGUGGCAGGAGAGGUUUGGUGAGAAUCCUAGGUUGACGGAAGGGUAUAGGAAGGAGAUUUGGAAGGAGGGGUAUUGGAUGUGAGGAGAGGAAGUAUGGAUACGAGCAUGGUCAACGGAGUUAUUAUUGGCGACAGGAAUAUGCUUCGAGAAAUACUCGAAACAGGCGUUAGAGAGGAUUUGCAAGGGCCUACUGUUGGGAGGCCAAGACGAGUGGAGUGAAGGGCUGGUUUCCACUACAUUGAAUCGGCAAUGAAGAUGUGACUAUUCGGUAUUAGACAUUAACAUGGCUAUGAAGACUUUUACAGAUAAUGCAGCAGU